GCUGGUUUAUUUUUUCUCUAAAGGAAGAAACAUAAGAAGAAGAAAAAAGUAAAUAUUAAAACACAUUUUUGCUGGUAAAAAACUCAAAAAAAAUAACCAGCAAAAAUGAGUCGUUCAAUUGCUCCACUGCUUUGUACCUUCCUCCUCUUGGCCGCCACCUCGGCCUCGGCCUUUAAUAUCACAAAAAUUCUAAGCCAAUAUUCAGAUUACAGCACCUUCAAUGAACUUCUUUCUAAAUCUGGCUUAGCCACUGAAAUUAACAAAAGGGCCACAAUUACAGUCUUAGCCGUUCCAAAUGGUGCAAUUGGUGAUCUUACCUCAAAAUCAGAUGAUGUUCUCAAGAGAGAUUUAUCAACCCAUGUCGUAUUAGAUUACUAUGAUCCAAUGAAACUCAGAAAUAUGAAGGAAAAAACAGCAAAAUUGACAAAUAUGUACCAACAAUCAGGUAAAGCAGCAUAUGACCAAGGUUUCUUGAAUGUGACAGCUAAAGAUGGUAGUUUUGUAUUUGGAUCAGCUGUUAAAGGCGCUCAACGCGAUUCAAGGCUAGAAAAAUCAGUAAUGAAUCAGCCUUAUAACAUAUCAAUUCUUGGAAUUUCUCAGCCAAUUUUUACACCUGGAUUAGAUGGAACACUUGCACCAGUUUCAGCUCCACCACCUAAGGCUAAUGCACCAUCUUCACCUAAGAGUUCACCACCACCUUCUGAUGAUGAAGCAGAGUCCCCUGCUGAAGAAGAAGAAGAAGCAGAGUCCCCUGUUGAAGAAACAGAGGCUCCUUCUCCUUCUGAGGAUGCCGAUUCUCCGGCCAGUUCACCUUCUCCGGCCGAUGAUUCGCCUCCGGCCGAUGCUCAGUCGCCACCACCGGCAGGAUCAUCUGCUGGAAAAUUGAAGGUUUCCUUUGGUUUGUUUGUUGUUUUGGCCUCAAUGGUUGCAGCUUAUUAAAAAAGGUGAUUUUCUUUUUCAUUGCCCUGUUUUAAUAAAAAGAAAAUAACAGGGAUACUUAUAAGUUGUAUAUGAAAGGGGAAAAUUCCAAAGGAUGUGUACUUCAUGGGAAAAUAUUUUAAAUGACUAAAUAUAUUCAUUGAUUGUAAUUAUAGCAA